AUGACCUUCGGAAUUGAAAUCAUACAAAAUCAUUAUUCUGGCCCAAUUCAAACUUUUCCAUUAGCUUCAGCUGGACAAUCGCAAAGGUCGUUUGAGGAUAGUGAUUCUACAAAUCAACUUUAUUAUUUGCCACCUCAACAUUCAGCAAAAGAUACUCAAUUGACUAAAUCUUCAGGACAAAUUAUUAGAGGUUCUGCGUCAAAUCAGUCAUUUUGCCAGGCUGCUGUUUCGAACUCGUCACCAUAUAAUCCGUCAACUAGUAAAGCAACUGAUGUACAGAGCAACAUCAGAGCUGUAGUGGAAAGUAAUGGAGCAAACACUCAAGAUGAUGUAAUCACUUUAUUGAAGACCAUUAGAGAACAGAACAAUCAAAUUUUGCAGUGGAUCCGAAAACAAGAUCGCAGUGGCAAUCACGCCAGUAAUACAGAUUUACCAGAUGAUAUAGGCGUACAGUUUCCUUUGAAUUCUCAAGAGGAUAUUACCAAAUUGGUAACAUACCUGAGUGAAAAAAAUAAUUGCCUGGCUUUGUCGGCAUAUCUAUCGACUUUUGGAGGGAGAGAUUUUACUGGACAUACAAACCGCAUUUUAAAUUUUUUGUUCACUUAUUCUCUUGCAACUAAUUGGAAUUUUUGUGGCAAACGAGGUGAGAAAAAGGCUUUUAAAAACUUAAACGUAAAGGAUGUGAUUAUUGGUGCUGUAAGAAAAAGCUCCCCUCUAGUCAGUCAGAAAGAAAUAGAAGAUACCAUCAAGGUGUGGUUGAAACAUGCACCAGAGAAAUUGAAAAAGCAGCAGCAUGGCAACCCGUAAGAAAAAAAGUGUUGUUAGUCAAAGACAACUCUACAGAAGGGUGGCAGAAGCAAAUUUAGCACCUGUGAGUCAGAAUUGUUAUAAUACAUCUUUAAUAGUUAAUAAUGAUUCCAAUGAAUCAUCAAAUUCCGUUUUUUUUGCUGAUUCAAUGUGUGAAAGUGAAAAUGACACCUGUUCCUCAAGAGAUUUAGAUUUUAAUGUAAACUCGCCUAAUGAAAAUUUGCUCUUCAAUGAUGCGACGUUAUACAACCAUUUGACUUCCUAUUCCAGUAACGUGCCCCCUAACGAUUUAUUUUCUAAUGAACCGCCGCCUAGCGAUUUGCAUUCGAAAUUGUCAAACUGGGCAGCUUCAAGGUACGUUCGACGUACAGUAGUUACUCAUCUCUUGCAUCCAUACCAUAAUGAGUUACCGUUAGACAGUCGAACGCUGCUGAAAACGCCCAGAGAAACGAAAACAAAAUCGUUGUUAAAUGGCGAAUAUUGUCAUUUUGGACUUGUUAACGCUUUAAAAUUAAAGUUAUUGUCAGUGCCUAAUAUUUCUCAGUACAGCAUUAUCAACAUUUCAUUUAAUGUAGAUGGACUGCCCAUUUAUAGAAAUGGUCAGAAACAUGAUCUCUGGUCCAUUUUAGCACUUGUAAAAAAUUUUAAGAGUGAGCCGUUUGUUGUUGGUUCUUUUUUAGGAAGUGGCAAACCAAAUUUAUUGUCAGCGUUUUUAGAAGAUUUUUUAAUUGAGUUAUCGAACUUACUUACCACGGGCAUUGAAAUUAAUAAUAAUAUCCAUGAAGUAAAAGUUCACAGCUUUGUUUGCGAUGCUCCUGCGCGCGCAUAUCUGAAAUGUGUGAAGACCCAUUCAGGGUAUAGUUCCUGUGAAAGGUGCGACAACUCUGGAGAACACCUGGGACAUGUCAUUUUCAAAAAUUUACCUUUUAACAAGAGAGACAACGAAUCUUUUCGGAGAAUCUCCUCUAAUAGCUCUUCAUAUAGAUUUGAUCUAUGUCUUUUCUUUAGACUAUAUGCACCUAGUUUGUCUAGGUGUAAUGAAAAAACUUUUGCGUAUUUGGACAGGACGCGCAAGCCGAGCCAAAAUGAGCUCUACUGCAUUUCAAAAUGUAUCUGAAAAAAUUGUUUUUCUCAGUAAAUGUAUUCCAGUAGAAUUCAAUCGGAAAGGGCGCAGUUUGUCUCAGUUGGCAGAUUGGAAAGCAACGGAAUUUCGAACAUUUUUACUGUAUAUUGGGCCAGUUGCUUUGUAUGGGAAUGUCGAUUUGGCAAUAUAUGAGCAUUUUUUGCUAUUUCAUUGUUCAAUUAUGAUACUUAUUUCUAAACGCCAUAUUGAAAAAUUCGGAGUUCCAUUUGCGCGCCAACUUUUGCAUUUAUUCGUAACGCACAGCGAAAAGAUCUACGGAUUAGAGUUCUUAGUUUACAAUGUACAUUCCUUAUUACAUUUGGCAGAUGACGUUGAAAAUUUCGGGCCACUAGACAAUUCGUCAGCAUUUCCAUUUGAAAAUUAUCUCCACCAUUUAAAAUCGUUAGUUCAGUCUCCGAAUAAACCGUUACAACAGAUUAAUAGACGCUUAAAAGAAAUUGAAAUGACAGUGUACGAAAAACAUGACUCUACUUCACCUGAUGAUGAACACUUCUGUAAAUGUGAAUUGUCCCAUUUCUUAGGACCAACGCCAAAUUUCUCUUGCAAGCAGUAUAAAAAGCUUCAUUAUAAAGAUUUUAUUUUUUCUAUUGCAUCAUAUUCAGAAGCAAAUUGUUUUUGUCUUACCUUAGAAGGACUGGUUUUCAAAAUAGAAAAUAUAGUAGUGGAUAAUAAUAGAGCAGUUUUUAUAUUAGGUAGGAGGUUUCAGGAUUACCGUUCAUUUUACAAAUACCCUGUCGACUCAAAAGAAUUCUAUGUUUAUCGCAUCCAAAAUUUAUCAGAGUAUAUCGAGUUAUUGCACUGCCACAAAGUUUUUUCGAAAUGUAUUGUUUUUCCUUUCAAGCAGGAAUGGUUGUCAUUUUCAUUAUUGCAUCAUUAGUAAUUCCUUAUUUCAACUUUUAUGUUCUAUAAGUGUAAUAGUAUGUAGUUUUUUAAGAUUUUGUAAUAAA